AUGCAAGAAAUAACAAUUCUCUUCAACGAAAAAUCUUCAUGUGUAAAUGAUGAUCGAGAGAUUUGCAAACACAUUCAAGAAUGGAUUUCACUCAAAAAAUAUUGUUCAUCAGAAAUAAUGAAACUAGUUCAAGAGGAUCUAGAAAUUCCGCUCAAAUCAAAUAUUCUUGCUGUCUUUUAUAAAUACGGAAUAGGCACCAGCCUGGACUACGAAAGAGCUCGUUUUUGCUAUGAAGAAUCAGUAUCUUGUGGUGAUUUAUUUGGGACCGUGAUGUUGGGACUAUUUUAUGAGGAAAAUGUUGUCGGGAUUAAAAGUAACAAGAAAGCAUUAGAGCUAUAUCAACAAGCCGCAGAUGCCUGUUUCCCGCUUGGAUUGUAUCGUCUCGGAAAAUUUUAUGAGAAUUUUAAUGGCGGAUAUGAAAAAUCGGUGGUGUUUUAUGAAAAGGCGGUCGAAUAUGGGUUUCCGGCUGAGAUUUAUAUUUCUGAUUAUUAUUUUAAUGCUUCUUUGAAUUGGUCUUAUGGUUGUCGAAAAGCAUUUAUUUGGGGAAAACGGGCGGCUGUUAAAGGAAAUAUGAUCGGACAACAUUAUUUAGGAUCUGAUUAUUUAGACGGAAAUGGUACAGAGAUCGAUAUUCAUAAUGGUAUUAAAUGGUUAUGUAAAGCUUAUAAAAGUGGAUAUAUGGCAGCUGAGCUGGGUCUUUGUCGGGUUUUUAGAAAAUCAUAUUAUUAG